AUGGGCCUCGAGCCGUAAGCUAGUGUUGAAGCAUUCGAUCCGUUCGAGCCCUUUGCCCUAGCUAGACCCACCCCUCUGAUUUCAUUUCCCCAAAAUCAUGGCGGCUGCUCCGUCGGCGACGGCGGUGUCCACGGCGGCGCUUCUAGCCCCAAUCCGAGCUCCAACCAGCGCGUUUCUCCGGCGCACCCAGCUCACCCGUCACCGCGACCACUCCCUAAAAUGCCGCCGCGCUGGUCCCAUCGUCCCCGCGGCCGCUGCUGCCGCGGCGGGCAGCAGCAGCUCCCCGUCGUCUGCCGUUUUCCACGGCGAGUGCUUUGUGGUGGGCGACAACAUCGACACCGACCAGAUCAUCCCCGCGGAGCACCUCACUCUGGUGCCCUCCAAGCCUGACGAGUACCGCAAGCUCGGCUCCUUUGCCUUCGCGGGGCUCCCCUCCGCGGCCUACCCGACGCCGUUCGUCGCCCCGGGUGAGGAGUCCACCCGCUACGCCGUCGUCGUCGGUGGGGCCAACUUCGGGUGCGGCUCCUCCCGCGAGCACGCGCCCGUCGCGCUUGGGGCGGCUGGAGCCCGCGCCGUCGUCGCGGAGGGCUACGCGCGCAUCUUCUUCCGCAACUCCGUGGCCACUGGAGAGGUGUACCCUCUGGAGCUCACGGACACUGGAGCCUGGAAGGAGUGCAAGACAGGGGAUGUGGUCACCGUGGACCUUAGUAACUCCGUUUUUAUUAACCACACCUCUGGCAAGGAGUACAAGCUGAAACCAAUUGGUGAUGCUGGUCCGGUGAUUGAGGCGGGAGGGAUCUUUGCCUAUGCUCGGAAGACAGGAAUGAUCGCGUCAAAAGCUGCUGCAUGAGGGAAAGAAAAUUCCAUAACUACCACAUCACAUCGUGCAUCAAAUUAGAGGUAAAAAUUAAUCAGAAUUCAUACCACCGCUGAAACCAGAGCAUGAAGUUUUAGAACAAAGCAGCAAAUUGAGACAGAGGGCAUUAGAGUGGACCACAAGAGGAAAAAUAUUUCAGAUCGGAGCUCAGCUAGGAGUCUAAGAGUGGCAGUGGAGGGCUGGAGGCACACCUUGCCAUUGACAUCGACAAGAAUCGAGAACUGCAUGAGAGCCAAAAAACCUCUGAUGCAACUGGAUAAUAAUGUAGGAAACCAUAAUAAUGUGUAUUUUGGCCUUCUAGGUUAAUAUUUGUUCUUGGAAUAGCUUAUUGGUGUCCACAAUAACUGAAUGUUUCAAUCAGUAAAUUUGGGACAAGAAUUGUGAUUGUUCUCCUAACCACAUGGUUGUCUGAUUAGCAAUUUCCUCAUUCAUUAA